UUUCAAAACAAAAACAAUGACGUGCGUGUGAAAAUAUUUGAAUCCAGUCGACUUACUUGCGAAUAUGAGAAGUAUCGCAUGGAGUGCGGCUAUUAUUUACCUGCAAGUAUGGUCAAUGCUUUUAUUCCGCAGAUUUGCGGCAGCCCAGAAAGUUACGUACACGUUCCCCGAGUUUCCUUACAAAGAGACCAACAAAAACGAGGUGAUGUUCAGGGAGGUGGAGGCUGCGUGUGAAAGGGGUUGCUUGGGGAGGCACGGCGUGUCGAAAGUAUUGUGCAUUAGACAGUGCGUUUCCCCGUCCUGUUACAGGGAUUUGUAUCAGUCAGACUUGCUGGAAGAGGGAGAGGUGGAUGUAAGACUCAACUCUUUCAAAGGAUGUUUUAUUCAACGAUACAAUAAAUCUCGUCCAUGACCUGGCUAACACCAAUAGAAUAAUUAAUAACAAUACGACACUUAGGAUUCUCUGUAAAUCGCAAUGUAAAGAUGAUUAUAACGAGCUCUUCUUUAUACAUUGUGUUAUAAAUCAACAAUAAAUAUAGGAAAUGUUCGGUUUUUUUUUCUUCAAACAUAUAAAUAGAAGUCGAAAUACAAAUAUUAGUUAAAACUGACCAUAUUUGACACUUACAAGACAGAAUUGAUAUAAAAGUGUUAACAUUUAAAGUACCGUGAUUUUUCGAGUUGUAUGUUGUGGUCUAUAUAUCUGACCACCACCACACAUUGCACAUUCUUAACCUCACCUAGGAAUCUUUGACCUAUCCUUGCUGUUCUCGGACUAAGUUCUGUGAGGGCAGACCUGCUCUCAGAACCCCUAGGCCUGCCCUGAUUUCAGUUCUUGUUUGUUCUAAGGCCGCUACACACGGUACCGUUUCUCAGACAAUGGCGGUCCUCCGAGACUUUCCGUAGCGACCUCUGUAACUAGUCGCAUCCACUGUGUCCAAUCAACGAAGAUAGUUUAUGUAGUGUUGUAGUAACCGUUCCUUCGAUGUUAUGUUUAUUCACUUACGACUGAUUUUGGGUACCACAAAAUUUUAGACGAGGUUGCAACUGCGAUUAAAACACUUUUUUCUUCAUUUCCCAAUUCCGUUUCACUUAUAGAAAUAAUGUGAGGAUAAAAAUAAAUGUGACACUCGAAAUCUAUCACAGAUAUUCGAGAUAAUGUGAAUAAUAUAAGAAUAUAGAAGAAAAAAAUGUUUUAAAACCGCAGUAGCUAUUAUGAGUGAAGCCACCGUAAACUAGACGAAUUAAACCAUCUUUAUCUGAGGAUAAAAAUAAAUCAACAAUCGCAAUUGCACAGAAUGAAAACCGAAAACCUAGAGGUUUUGAUAGUGAGUCUGCCCCAACAGAGCCUAGCCCGAGAACAAAAGGGCAGAUCAAAAAUUCCUAGGUGCGGCUGAAGAAGUGCAGUGUAAGUCAGUAACAGGUGGCGACCAGGUACACAGGCCACGGCACAACAACCCGAAAGUCCAUGGUUACCGUUAAUAUUGAUAUACAUCUUUGGAAUAGUUUUAGGUUUAAAUGAAAUGCAUCUCAUUUAGUUUGAAUCAGACGUAAUACUGUACACAAACGGAAACAAGGUGGCACUAAAUUUUUCCACAAAGGAGACAAUCAUUUUGAAGUUUAGCGUCAACUUGUUCUUAUUUUUUUCAUAUUUGUAUUUUUAAAAAAUUCGAGAUUACAAAACUCAGAUAAUACCAUUUACAAUGGAUCUUGAAAAAAAAUAUUACAGGCAGCUUUAGAGGUAUUACAAAUGACACUGAAUUCUGACAUGGAUAAAAAAACAUUGACGAUAAUAUUCCUAAAUUUUGAAGUCUAUUUUCUCUUUUUCAUUGUAAAUACUUGCAAAAACAAAAGAUUCGUAAAAGCUUUUAAAUACAGUAGUAGUUUGUGAAAUACAUUUUACCUGAAUAACAGUAAAUAUGGUAAAAAGCAGAUAAACUGGUAUAUUUUUUUCUAUACAGGGCCUCCGGACACGGAUGGGCCAUACUUCAAAAGUAGCUUCCUUGAUUUAGAUUAUCACCUUACUACAAUUUUGCUUUCAGCAAAGUAUUUAUAAGACAAAUUAUUUUAACUGUUCACUAUUGCGAGAGAUAAUUUAAUCUUAAAAAGUGUAGUAAUUUUUUAAAACUGAAAUAAAAAAUUGGUUUCAAAAGCACUUAAGUUUUUAAGCAAAAUAAUACGAUCUAGUUUGGUUUGGUUUCAUAACCUUGAAACAUGGCCCAUUUGCUUCCGCACACCCUGUAUAUUUCGGUCGAAAUCUUUUCCCGUAUAAUAAAGACUAUUCACUAUUCACUAAAUUCAAAACCAGCAUUUCUAAGGUAAAAUAAAAAAUAAUCUUGCAUUUCGGCAAAUCAACUAGUUUUUUUUUUAUUAAAAGACAACAUUUUUGGAAAGGAAUUCGGCCUUUCAGGUUAGUAAUAAAUGCAUUUUAAAAAUAUUCCUCACAAAUCUCACAAUCAAAGCAUGAUACUGGCACUGGAUGUCCUUGUUUUAAAAACAAAGAACUGUGAAUUUUCACUAAGUGACACCUCUUCAGCUGUCAACUAUCAACAACUUGUGAAAACAUAUUUAAAAAUAAGCAAAUCAGUAAAAUAUAAAAAUAUACUCCAUAUUUCCACAAAUAAAAACAAAAAGAUAUACAUGGUACUUUAGAAUUAAUUGGAUAAACUUAAAAUUUCAGUCCGGGUGGUCAAAAUUAGAAAAAACAGCCCUUUGAAGGAAUUUCCAUGUUUUUGAUAUACAGGGUGUUGAAAUUUGAAACAAAUUUAUAUUUUUCUGAUACCACCACUGGUGGACAUAUUUAUAUACAAAUUCUGCGGAUUCUCUCAUCUAUUUAGAUAAAUUGUUAGUUCAAGUUUCAUCACUUUAUUAGUUCAAACGUCUGCAGACAUAUUUUAAAAAAUAUGAAUUUUUUUCAAACGACACCCUCUAUCCUGAGAACAAAAUGCUUCCGGGCACUCGUACAUGUAAUUUUUUUGCCACAUUUUCCCUGAAAUCAAAUUCAAACUUUGACCAAUCAGCCCUGAACGGCGAUGAACAUUUUGACAAAGAUAAAAUUAUAUUUUGGCGUAAAUAUAUAAACUUUUUAACACGUAGAAAAAAUAAAAACAUGAUUACGAAAAAUCUGAUUAACACAGUAAAUAUAUCACAAUAAAAUAAUAUACAAACCAUUUUCCAUAUAACAACGCAUAUAUUGCUUUCUCUUAUUUAUAGCAGCUAUCCAAUCAACACGGCUCAGUACAAAUGUAAAUGUAUAUCGGACAACCAAUUGUAUGUACAUCAAACGAGCCUCGGAA